UCAGAACCUAAAUGUACAUUGUUUCAGUUUAAACCUCUUGUCAUGGUGCACUGCAUCCAUAUUCCUUUUCGCUAUUGGUUAUUGCACACGUCCCUCUUCUUUCAGGACUUCCGCGAGCAAGGAUAUGACACUCAACCCUGGUAGCUCCUAUGGAUCUCUCUGGGAGGCUUUCUCAAGUGACGACGAAAACUUUUAUCUCGCGAUCAAGGACUCAGAGGAAACGACGCCAAAACCACACCGUGACGAUCCACUACAACCAGAAGAGCAGGAGGGAGAAACAUACGAGGUUGAAUAUGAUACCCUGAGGGCGGAGCUCUCCCAACCGAAGAACCGCGCGUUCUGGGCUUCUAGUCCGGAGCCGGACAUAGACCCAGAGGACGACAUAUCCACUCUCAUCGCUGUAUACGACGAAUCAUCCAAUGUUGUACCAACGCAACCGCAUCCUGUUGUAGUGCCAAGUUCCGAUACCAAAACCGGUUCGGAAACCACUAUCGUUGCCUCAGGCCACACAUGUAGCGAUACCGAUACCCGAAAACGUUCGAGAGACCUCUCCGAGCCAAGUGAAGAUACCCGUGCACUCAAGAUGCGCAAGACGGAACCAAGUCCGAAGAUAAAAAUUCACAAUGAUACCAAAUUAAACUGGGCUACCCCCUAUCACAUUGUAAGCGCUCAAUUAGAUAGUUGCUGUGGUUGAAAUACAAAAUUCUUCAGGCCCAUUGCCCAAAAUGGCAACGUCACUUUGAUCAGAAAAAAUUGCCCUUUGGUGUGCAAUGGGAGAUUAGCCGACUUGUCACCGCCGGAAAGUUGGUUUUCGACGAUAUAAAAAUGGAAAAGCUGGAUGUGCUGCAACACCUAGGAACGAAUGCAAAGGCAGCACCCCUGGUGGAGAAAAUCCUUGCCAAAGAUUUUGAUAUGCCUGAUCUUACUGUAGAUGCUAGUAGACGACCCGAUCCCUUUGAGAAGGAGAGGGAAUCAAAGUUUCCGUAUGUCGAGCUGGAUCAGGAGGAGGAAGAGUUCAACAAAGGGAAUAAAUUCGGCUGUCUUGGAUGCAAAGAAGAUGGUGAUGCUUGGUACGGAGGUAAAGUAGCGUUUCGUGGCAAGGUCAAAAAAGUUUCGUCCAAAUAUGCGGCCACUCCUGAGUUCACAGUUGAAUUGGAACGCCCGGAACUUUCUGCAAGCUACCGUUUCUCCCGCCGUUUCGGAUCGUCCUCAUUCUUUCGACUCAAGAUUCCCAAAGAACUUUGGAAGCACACCGAAUCACUGAUAGACUUCCUUUUACGGCCUUUUAUAUUAUGCGGUUUUGUUUAUCGGGCCGUUUACGAGAAGGAUAAAACUGUCAUUUUUGCCCGUACGAGUGAAUCACUUUCUGAUGUACCGGAAUCAAUUCAGAGCUCGCUCCGUGAGACGCUGAGCCUGCAGGAUUUUCUUGAGAUUCAUAAUCCAUUGAGCUUAAACAAGAACCAGACAGUAGCAAAAUGGGCUUCUCGCUUUGCCCUGGGACUAUCCACGUCCGCCCCCGGACUGAAAGUUUCGGGUGAGAAUAUUUUACUGCUCGAUGACAUCGUCUCUCCCGAGCCGCACAAGUCGGAUAUGACUGACGGUUCAGGUUUCAUAAAUCAGUCUGCACUACGGUUAUUGCACCACAAAUUUAAUUGGGAAGAAUGGCCGACUGCCAUACAAUGUCGAAUCGCCGGAGCCAAGGGCAUGCUUUUGCAGCAUCCCACCGAUAACGCUAGUGAACCUCGAGUUUGGAUAAGGCCUUCCCAGACCAAAAUCCGAUAUGCAACGAACUCGGACGAUGAUGCUCGUCUAAUCAUCGACGUCCUCCGAUCCUGUCAUUCGCGUACACAGUGUACUCUUGGCACAGAGACCAUCAUCAACCUAGCAGAAAAUGGUGUACCCCGUGCAGUUUUCUUUCGUCUAUUAGAUCGAGGUUUCGACCGUCUCUUGGAAUCUCUCACUACAUGGGAAGGAGUCAGUGCUAUGUACGAGUUAUGGUGCACGGUAGCGCGUUUGGGAGGUGUUAUGGCGGCACGGGCAGCUAGACUUCAACCUGGAUUGGCCCGGGUCAAAGGACAUUCUUCACGCGAUGCCCAAGUUGACGAUGAUGAAGAUGAUUUGGACGAGGAUGCCGAAGAAAUGUCUGUUGCGUGGUGGGUCGAUGAAAUUUCUGGACAACCUUCUUCUCUUGAGGAGACAGUGAUGUCGCUUUUGGACUCUGGGUUUACUCCAAUGAACUGUUCUGUUUUGAGGGAGAAACUAUCCAUGAUUGGCAGAUCGCAAAUUCGGAAUUAUGGGUCGCAGUAUAAGGUAGAGGUACCAAUGUCCUGUACGACAUUCAUCCAGCCUGACCCAUAUAACAUCCUCGAAGAGGGACAAGUAUUCUUCAAGAGUGCCCGUCGUAACUUUUUGAACAGAGAUGGGCUGGUUACCGACACGAUAAUUGGACCCGUUCUGGUAACCCGACAUCCUUGCAAGCUCCCGACAGACGUCCAAAAGUGGGAAGCUAUAGAUUGUCCGCAACUUCGAGAUAUGACCGGUAUCAUCUUUUUUUCCACGCGCGGCUCACGCAGGGCUGCGGACUUCCUAGGUGGGGGUGAUUACGAUGGCGACAAAGUAUUGCUUAUAUAUGAUCCCUCGAUUGUGGAUGACUUCAAGAAUGCGGACAUCAAUUUUGCAGAUCCACGUAUGGAUAUUGAGCGGGAUAAUUUUUCCAAACAUACGGAGACGGUAUCGCAAUUGCUGGAAAGAGCCGAACCGACUGAAGAACAACCUCUCGCUCGCGUUCGUGCAUUACAACAGUACCUUUUAGGAGGUCUCAAGAACAUGUCACUGGUCGGAGAGUACUCCAACAUGCAUGACUAUGCUACUUACACGCUGGGAUAUUCUCAUGAGGAGACGAUCCGCCUUGCGCACAUGUUUUGUCGAACAUUGGACGGGGCAAAAACCGGAUUGACUGUCCUUAAAGACGUCGUCGCAGCGGAUAGAAGGAAGUACAAACGUGUUGGUGCGAUGCAUUGGAAGAAGCGUUCCUCCCAGAAGUCGCAAUACACAAGCGAUGAGGGGAAAGUCAAGCGCCCAGUGGGGCUUCACCCGUUUAUCAUGGACGUCCUGAUUAAUUAUGCAGAGUGGAAGGCAAGGAACGUCGAACAGAAAUUCCAUGCUAAACUGGAGCAACAUAACCAACACAUUCCAGACCCACAUCUGAUUGCACCCUGGGAGGAGGCUCUGAAGCUUGCUAACCUAUGGAAGGACAAGGACUCCAACACCAUGCAUGAGAACUUGGAAAAGAUUGCAAGUCAUGUCAAACGCAUGUAUCAUAAGCAUCGAGAGCAAGUGAAGCAGAACUUCUCCAGCAAGUCCAAGGGGCGAGCAACGUUUACAGAUCUGCGAAUAGAGACUCGACAGAAUCAGCUGCGUGCAAUGUCGAAGGAGUUUGUGGCUUCGCCAACGUCAUCUGAGGUUAUGAUGACCGAAGCAGACUUAGCGCGACUCCGGGCGUCCUUUGCGUAUCUGUACGAUUCUGAAAUGAACAAGGGAAGGAAUGGGUGGACACGGUUCCCUUGGGAUGUUGCUAUGCGCGAGUUGUGUGCAAUCAAAGCAAGGGCGAUUGGGCCCUCGAAGACAGUCGAGGGGGGGUUCUACCAAAGGUUUACCAUGAAAAGUAGUCGCCAGUAGAACGCCAUUCCAUGAUGUUUUCUAUAGAGUAGC